AAUUUUUAAUUUUUUUUCGAGCGAUGUUUAUUUUUAUUUUUUUCUAAAUUUUUAUUUUUGUGGCAACAAUGUGAAACGAAAAGUAUAGACGUCUGUAAAAAAAAAAACGAAAACAUUCGGGCUCAAAAAGUAUUCAAUAUAGUUUCUGCAUUUUUUCGGGAUAAAUUAUGGGAAGACGGAGCCGUUCAAAAUCACCAAGCAGACGUCGUGAGCGUGACAGGGGAGACAGGGAUCGUGAGAGGGACAGAGAUAGGGAACGUGACAGGGAUAGGGACAGGGAUCGUUACAGCAGGAGGAAAAGGUCAAGGGACAGGUCCAGGGAGAGGAGGAGGCAUUCUAGUGAAAGAAGAUUCACAAGAUCUAGGUCCAGGACGAAUUCGCCUGUAGAUAAUAAGAGGAAUAGAUUAAAUGUUGAACGUCCCACAGUGUCAGAGGUAGACCUACAAGGAAAGUCUCCAGAUGAGCAAGAGAUGAUGAAACUCAUGGGCUUCUGCAACUUUGACACAACUAAAGGAAAGAAGGUUAAUGGCAAUGAGGUGGGAAAUGUUCAUGUUAUUCUCAAGAGGAAGUACAGGCAAUACAUGAAUCGCAAAGGUGGAUUCAAUCGUCCAUUGGAUUUUGUUGCAUAGACUGUUUUUGACUGCAAGUUAAGAAACCAUGAACCUCAAACAAUCAGGAUAAGUUUAU